GCGCGUGCGCAGCGCGAGCUUGCCGCUGUUCCAGCUGCAAACAGCUGGCGCGGAGCUGGUGCGCGCCUCUUGGGCGGCUGCGGCGCGUUUGCUGCUGUUUGCUCGUCGCGGCGCUCCUGCACUUUGCCGUCCCCAGAGCCGGGAGGGAUGGAGGCGGCGGCGGCGCUGCCGGGCUACGAGCAGCUCGUGCGGCUCGGGUACCGGAGCCUGGCCGGCACGCUGCGGAGCUGCACGGACUGCGGCUGGGAGCUGGCCCGGCGGACGUGGGCUGAGAACGCGCGGCUGGCCUGGAGCGAGGCGCUCCUCUGGGGCCUUUGCGCGGUGGGCUGGACGGUCGCUCGCGGCGCUGCCUCCCGGCGCCUCUUUCGGCCCUUUGCCGAGUGGUGUCAGCUGCCCCCCCAGGAUGCUGCAAAGAUGCCAGAGAGUGCGUGGAAACUGGCCUUCUACACCGUGUCCUGGUCAUAUGGGGCCCACCUACUGUUCUUCGCCGGCUACCCCUUUUUCUAUGACCCUCCUUCUGUCUUUUACGACUGGAAGAAAGGCAUGGAGGUGCCGACCAACAUUGCAGUCGCCUACCUGAUGCAAGGCAGCUUUUAUGGUCAUUCCAUCUAUGCCACGCUCUACAUGGAUGCUUGGCGCAGGGACUCCAUCGUCAUGCUCGCCCACCACGUGGUCACUCUGGCGCUCAUCACCUUCUCUUACAUGUUCAGGUACCACAAUGUGGGGAUUCUUGUCUUCUUCCUUCAUGACAUCAGUGACGUCCAGCUGGAGUUUACCAAGCUCAAUGUCUACUUCAAGUAUCGUGGCGGGGUCUACCAUCGUCUGAACGACAUCGUCUCCAGCGCUGGCUGCAUCUCCUUCGGCAUCAGCUGGUUCUGGUUCCGCCUGUACUGGUUCCCCCUCAAGGUGCUGUACGCCACUUGCCACACCAGCCUCCAGGCUGUGCCCGACAUCCCUUUUUAUUUCUUCUUCAAUGCUUUGCUCUGCAUUCUGCUGCUGAUGAACAUCUAUUGGUUCCUGUACAUCAUCCUCUUUGUGGCAAGGGUCAUGCUGGGGCAGGUUCAAGAACUGAAUGAUGUGCGGGAAUAUGACGUUGACGCGGCCUCGAGGAAGAAAGACUGGGAGCUUCACAUCCCCAGCUCCUGGAAGGAAGGGAAGCAUUUGAAGAAUGGGCUCGUGAAAGACAAGCGUUUAUAAGCGGCGCCUGCUGGACCUCAGCCUGCAAGGACCCCCUUUGCUGAAACCCCGGCCUGUUUGGCGAGGCACAGAGGAAGAGCCAGCCAUUCCAACCCUGUUGAGACCUGGAGCCAAAAGGGGUGGGGGAGCACCCGUGGGUGACUUGUGGUGGGGGCGGAGGGUGUUUUAUCAAAAGAAAAAAACACGCUUGCUAGGGUUAGGGUUGAUCCUGGGGAAUGCAGUUGGUUGGCGCAACCCAGAGGCCUGUGGAGAGGAUGGCCAGAUUGGAACAGGCCGCUCUUACAAGAUAACAACACGUUCUGACUUCAGAUGGUUGUAGCAUGUCCAGCAGAGAGACUGGACUGCGACCUGGGCGGGGAAGGGCAUUGCAUCUCCUCACCCAACAUCCCCUGUGCAGCCUUCUUCAGAAUGCGCCGGACUCAACCCCUUGGUCUCUCGCUUCCAGAGCCCCGACUGGCGAAAUGAACAAGAGUUCUGUUGGAAUCAGACUGGAUGAGCACACGUGUGAAUCUGCGGAUGCUAAUCCCACCCUGUAGCACUUUGUUUGUGUCCCCCCCCCCCUUUUUAAUAUAUAUAUUUUCUGGAUCGGUCUUUAGCCUGGUUGGGAGAGGCGAAUUACGUCUUGUCUCAGGGUGCGUGUUUUUUUCCUGCUACUUGAUUUUGGGUCAUGUGCAAAUAAGCCCUGAACCCACAAAAUGACGAUUGAUCGGGACCUCUUCUGAAUUUGUUUCUGAAAAGAGACUUUUAAUUUAAAAAAAAAAAAAUGGGGGCGGGCAGGGAAGAAACGGGAGAAGUUGCCAAACUUAGGAGAAUACCCAAAUAACUAGGGGUGGUCGGAGACAAAGGGGGUGGCACUAAAUGCACUGCAGUUUCCCCGCUGAUGACAGUUGGAGCCUCCAUGUGCAGAGACUGUUUACCUUCAAAUACUGUACCAUAGCAUGCAAUGAGGAAAGAGGAUCUGUGUGAGAAAGAUGAUCCUGUAGUGGUGGGGGAGUACCAAUGGACAGAGACGGGUGGCCAUUAUUAUUAUUUUUUGCAAGGGGGAUGUUGUUUAGACUAUUAAAACUAUUAGCAUCCAUAUUUUUA